AUGGCCAGAUUUUUCUCUUCUUGCCUCCCUCCUCUACCCUCCCUCCAUCAGGUGAUAGCCUUCAUCUCCGUCUCCUUCAUCGUGGUCUCCAUCCUGUCCUUCUGCCUGAAGACGUUCCCCUCCCUUCAGACGCCGGCUCUCGUCAACCAGACGUUUGUAAUUGACUCAGCUCUGACUAAGCGACCCUCAUUUGUCGAUGGCUACCACCAAUUCGGCCAGCCGCCGGGUUUCCGGGAGAACCGAUCCGUCAGUCCUCCAUCAGUUGUCCCCGCUUCCGGCAUUUUGGCGCCGUCGGCCGAUCCGAACCCGCGGAGCCUGACGAGGCGUGACUCUGUCGCGGCGUCCGUGACGGCGUCGAACCAAGCCGCUCUGGCCAGGCCGGUUCGGUACGCCGGAAAUGGGGCGGGUCGCGGCAAGACGAGUCCCGUCGACGAGGCGUCGGGCGACGGCAUCGACUGGGACGUGGCCGUCGGCCAUUUCGACACGACUCGCAGCCUUGAUCAGUCCGCGGCUCGAGUCCCGGCGCCCGGCCGGAUCGGCUGGACGCUGGAGAAGAAGCGGACCAAGCCACAUGACGCUUUCGGCUACAUCGAAGGCGCCUGCAACACUUGGUUCACUCUGGAGCUCGUCAUCCGCUUCAUCGUGAGUCCCAGUAAACUGCGCUUCGUGCAGAGUCCCGUCAACGUGAUCGACUUUGUCGCCCUCGUCUCCUUCUAUGCCGACCUCCUGUUGACCCGCUUCUCCGACGUCACCAACAAACGGGGCUACGAGAUGGUCGAGUUCUUCUCCAUCAUACGAAUCAUGCGCCUAUUCAAGCUGACUCGUCAUAUCGCCGGACUCAAGAUUUUGGUGCACACCUUCAAGGCCAGCAUGAAGGAGUUGACCCUGCUAGUCUUCUUCCUACUCGUCUUCAUCGUCAUAUUCGCCGCCCUCAUGUACUAUGCCGAGGCUCUGCAGGGCAACCCGGACAACCAUUUCGACUCGAUUCCAAUCGGUCUCUGGUGGGCCAUUGUCACUAUGACGACGGUCGGAUAUGGUGACAUGGUGCCAAAAACCUACAUGGGUCGGUCAGGCAUCAAGAAUUUUACAUUUUAA